UUACUCGGUGGUGAGGUGUACCACUACCACACGAAGGUCAUGAUGAAGGAAGCCAGGACAGGUGGGCAGCAUCUUUGGCAUCAAGAUUAUGGAUAUUGGUAUAAGAAUGGCAACUUGAGACCGGAUAUGAUGACAGUUUUUGUGGCGAUGGAUCCAUGCAACCAGCUGAAUGGUGGAUUGGAGUUGAUCGUGGGCUCGCACAAGUGUGGACGGAUUGACCACGUGCUAGUGCACGGACAGACAGCUGCCGAUGAGGAAAGAGUCGAACAAAUUAAGAAAAAGUCGAGUCAUGUUGUGGCUAAUCUUAAUUCUGGUGACGCUCUCUUCUUCCACAGCAACGUCCUGCACACCAGCGGACCAAACAACAGUAACGUCAGAAGGUAUGCCUGCCUCUUCGCGUACAACCGCGCCGAUAACGAUCCGGUCUACAAACACCACCACCCUAAUUACACUCCACUGCAAAUUGUGCCGAACAGUGCCAUUGACGAGUGCACGAACUUCAGUGACCUCUCAGGCAAGUGUCUCAUCGACCCCGAUCAGGAUAAAACCGUCAACGUUCAACGGGAAGAUCACCAACAUUAG